CUUCAAAAUUAGGGUUCAUCAUCAUAACUGCAAUUUAGGGUCGCCAUGGUCAACUGCCAUUGUGGAAGGGAAGCUAUUAUACAGACUUCAUGGACAAAGAAGAAACCUGGCCUCCGUUUUUAUUCUUGUCCUGUCCAGGGUUCAAAUUGUCCAUUUAUUGGAUGGUUCGAUCAGCAAAGGUGCCAAAGGUGCAUAGAUAUCAUACCUGGAUUGCUUAGGGCUAAGAACAACUUGGAAUCGGAGAAGAUGCAGCUGCAACAAGAGAACAUGAUUCUGGAAGAAGAAAACAUUAAGCUGCAACAAGAGAACAUGAAAGUUCACUACUACAAAAACAGGCAUUUGCUACAGCCAAAUCCAUAGCAAAUCCGUAGCAAACACCCAUAUUGCUACGGAUUUGCUAUGAAUUUGAUCUGUAGCUACAAGUCUCGUCGCGAAAUUCUUUGCUACAGAUUUUAGCUAUGGAACUAUAUUUGCGACAGUUUUAGCUACAAAAAUGGUCAUUGGAAUCUUAGCUACAAAUUUUGCUACGAAAAAGUUCGCUAUGAAUUUUGCUACAGAUUUUUAGCUACAAAAGUUUGCUACAAAGGUGUAGCUAUGGAUGUUUGCUAUGUAUUUUAGCUACUGAAAGCUUUAGUUUUUCUACGAUUUUUG